CUUCGCUUCCACUCCCCACGUUCCCCGCCUGCUUCCUCCAGGCCCCGGCCAGAUCCGCGCGCCCGCGGGGAAGAGGGCCUCCUCUCCUCCCUCCUCCCUUGGCUCGCGCUCUGGUCGAGGAGGCGGAGGCCGGUGCCGGCGGGCGGGCGGGGAGGUAGGUAGCAGCUUGCGGUUGCGGGAGGGAAGCUGCGCGCGCUAGGCUGCCAUGGCGGUGGAGAAGACGCUGCCCGGCGCGAGUGCGGGGAGGACCGUGCUGGUCACGGGCGGGGCGGGCUACAUCGGUAGCCACGCCGUGCUGCAGCUCCUCCUCGCGGGCUUCCGCGCCGUCGUCAUCGACAACCUCAACAACUCCUCCGAGCUGGCCGUCCGCCGCGUCGCCGCGCUCGCGGGGGACCACUCCCGCAACCUCUCUUUCCACAAGAUUGAUCUCCGUGACAAGGGAGCACUGGAAAUGGUUUUUGCUUCUACAAGAUUUGAAGCUGUCAUUCACUUCGCUGGAUUGAAAGCUGUGGGUGAAAGCGUACAGAAGCCAUUACUUUAUUAUGACAACAACGUCAUUGGCACGAUAAAUCUUCUAGAAGUUAUGUCUGUUCACGGUUGCAAGAAGUUGGUGUUCUCAUCAUCAGCUGCAGUUUAUGGAUCACCCAAAAACUCACCCUGCACAGAAAAUUUUCCUCUUACUCCAAACAAUCCAUAUGGCAAAACAAAGCUCGUUGUUGAAGAUAUUUGCCGGGAUAUCUACCGUUCAGAUCCUGAAUGGAAGAUCAUUUUACUUAGGUACUUCAAUCCAGUUGGUGCUCAUCCUAGUGGAUAUCUUGGCGAGGACCCACGAGGAAUUCCCAACAAUCUUAUGCCCUAUGUUCAGCAAGUUGCGGUUGGUAGGAGGCCAGCUCUAACAGUUUUAGGAAAUGACUAUGCAACAAGAGAUGGGACUGGGGUCCGAGAUUACAUCCAUGUGGUUGACCUUGCUGACGGACAUAUUGCUGCAUUGCAGAAGCUUUUUGAGAACUCUAGCAUAGGGUGUGAAGCGUACAACCUUGGAACCGGAAGAGGUACAUCUGUGCUGGAGAUUGUUAAAGCAUUUGAGAAGGCUUCUGGGAAGAAAAUACCUCUGAUUUUUGGUGAAAGACGCCCAGGUGAUGCAGAGAUUCUGUUUUCAGAGACUACUAAAGCAGAGAGGGAGCUUAACUGGAAAGCAAAAUACGGUAUUGAAGAGAUGUGCCGCGACCAAUGGAACUGGGCCAGCAAGAACCCUUAUGGCUAUGGAUCACCUGACUCUAUCAAGCAGAAUGGUCACCAAACAAACGGAUCCGCUGACUCCUCCAAGCAGAAUGGCCACCGCACAAACGGUUCAACUGACUCACCCAAGCGGAACGGCCACCAUGCGUAUGGGUCUGCUGACUCACCCAAGCGCAACGGGCACUGCGUUUUUGGAUCAUCAGACCUCAAGCCGAAUGGUAAUGGCCACCUGCGCUGAGCAGAACUGUUUGGCCUGUGAGCUCCCUGUACAUUCGGUUGCGAUGUGAGCUCCCUGCACGUUCGGUCGAGGUCUAUCGUGAACCCACUAUCCGAGAUUGAUGUGGAUCAUUGGGUUGACAGGUCAUACAGUAUAGAGCCGGUGGCAGAGGAAUUCCUGUUUGCUGUGGGUAAAGCUUAUCUUCUGCUUUCGUGUUUUUUCUUGCUUCUUUCGAUUAUGGUGUAGGAAUGUGGUCAUAAUGUAUUAGCUGAUUAUCCUUUCCCUGCUAAUUGGACUUUAUUACGCUUCAUUAAGUUUGGCUGAUUACUGUUUAACGGGGAAAAGUUGCACCUGUGUACGAUUAUUUAUUUGUACCUGUAAUAUUUAUGGAGAACUAGCCUCGCCGCAAA